AGCAACAACAUCAACAUUAACAACAACAAAAACAAUAAUAACAAUAGUAAUUUACAAACUCAAGCAACACAUUCUUUAGAUGCAAAUGACAACAAUACAAGCAUACAGCAUCUAACACAAAACGUGUCGUCUUUACAUCAUCUUCAGUCACCGCAACGUGAUUGCAUACAAACUAAGAUCGAUUGUGAAGACGGAGACGACGAGGACGAGGACGAGGACGAAGAAGAGGAAGAAAGAUACGACGAAGAUCGUAACGCCGACGAAAUCGAUAGUCCUCAGCACAAGAGCUUACAUUGGAAACAUUUAAGCUACGUUAGGACAUUAAAUGGUCGUUUAAUCGGGCAAAAAUCCUCUUUAACAAAUAACACAACAUUAACUGAUUUCGAAGCCGAUUCAGAAAGUAGUGAUUUGGAAUUUGUUCAACAGCGUAUGCGUAAUCAACGCAAGCAUAAUAUUAGUAGUGGUCUAAUGCCUGUACACAAUAAACGCGUUAAUCAACACGGCAACGUCUUAAACGGUGGCGAAACGAUUAAUGCUAAUAUGCAAACAGUUUUGAAAGCAACGAAAACGUUGAUAGUUAAUGAACAGCACCACCAGCAACAACCGCAAUCACAAAGAGCUACUUUGGCGGUCAUUACACAAAACACAAUGACUGGCUCGGCAGCCACACAAAUAACGACAACACCAGCCACCGCAGCCGUGGCACCCGUGAACACUACAGCCACAGCACUGAAUGGCAAUAGUAUUGGAAAUCGUGUUGCUCAAAAAUUAACUGCAACAAUUAAUGAAACUAAUCAGCAACAGCAGCAGCAGCAGCAGCAUCAGCAGCAACAGCAGCAACAAAUUGCUAACGGUGCUUUAAUAAUGAAACAAAAAAAUAUCGCCAUUAUAUCGCCCAAUAACAGUCACACUAGCAACGGUAACCACCACCACCAUCAUCACCACUACAAUAAUCAUCAUCAUCACCAUCAUCAUCAUCAUCGUAAGUCGCCUACAGUGUUGCGCAAAUCCCAUCAGCCUCAGCACCAGCAUAAGCAACAAAAUAAACAACAACAACAACAACAGCAGCAGCAGCAGCCGCAACAACAACAACAACAACAACAGCAUCAGCACAAUUCUGCUGCCGCCGCUACCACCACCACCGAUAUUUCAAAAUUUAAUCGUUCAAAUCGCAAAUCAAAAAAUUGUGCCAUUUUCUAUUUUAAGCAUUUGGACACUGACAACGAAACCAACUAUAGCAGCAAUCACGGCGACGAGGACGAUGACGGCGACGGCGACGGCGACGGUGACGGUGAGGGCGAGAUCGAGGGCGAUGACGACGACGAUAAUAAUGGUGUCGUUGUUAGUUUAGAUGAUGACGGCGGUGUUGAUGGUGAAGGCGGCGAUGGUUGCUUCUCGUCCUCUUGCUGUAACUCGCAAACAAGUGAUCUACUUAAAUCCGCUGAUGCUUCAUCUGAUGAUGAAGGUUGGCUGUACACGUCGGCCUCAACACCAGCCGCACAACAACAGCAGCAAAAGCAUACGGCCACAACAGCCAUUGAUUGUUUGAAUUCCAUCCACAGUCGAGGUUCGGUUAUUAAUCAUUAUUCCAGUGAAAUUACUGACGGUAUUCAGUCAUCGACUGUGUCAUCAUCUACUGCCACCGCGGCGGCAAUUGCGCAAACGGCAGUAGUCGUUUCCUCUUCAACAGUUUCGACCAUUUUAGGUGACGAUUCUGAUAAAGAAAACAAAGAUAUUUUGUCAUCUUCUGCAAAUUUGGCCAAAAUUCAUUUGGCUCUUAAUACGCAUAAUACAACAUAUUCCGCAUGCAGCACUACCAGCAUCAUUGAAAGCAGUUCAAGUUCGAGCGGGGCCAGCAGUAGCAGCAGCAGCAAUAAUAGUUCAGGUGCUUCAUCGAACGAUAUGCUUACGGAGGCCACCACUACCAGUACGUCAUCGAGGACUAACGCUACACAAAUCUUAAAUACGUGUAUCGCUCAACGCAACGAAAAAAUGGACGGAUCGCAUUUUAAUAGCAAUUCAAUUGAGAAUAAUAUAGAAAACUGCCACAAUAGUAAUAGCAACAAAAAAACGGCUUCUUAUAAAACUGUAGCUCAGUUUGUCAUUACCAAUCACAAGCGCAAUGAACACAACCAUAAUUAUACCAAUUCAUCGAUGACAACAAAAGCAUCAUUGGCCGCAAAUUCACACAACAACAGUCAACGCUAUGAAACGUCAACGCAAUUGGUGCAUCAACAUCCGUUGCCUGCUUCACAACAAAUAACUGCUGCAACAUCAUCACUCCCAUUGACUACAUCAACCACAGCUUCUGUGUUACCGGCAGCCUCCGUUGACGUUACCAAUGGCAAUUUGGAAAAGGAAACCAUACGUUGCCAUACACGUGCAGAUAUGGAUAAUAUCAGUGUCAGACAAGCAACAGCCAAUAACCAACACCAUCACCACCUUCACCACAUAAGCAAUAAUACUAACAACAACAAUAACAACAGCAGCGGCAAUAACAAUAAUAAUAAUAACAAAAGUAAUAGCAGCAGCACCAACAACAACAACAACAACAACAACAACAACAAUAAUAACGGCAAUGACAGCCAACAACAGCCACAACAACCGACAUCAUUAUACGGCCAACAAUUGCAUGUAAAUGUUGGCAAACGUUUACCACCACGUUCACCGGCCAAAUCAAAUAUUUCUCAUGCCUCCACCGGUACAAGUACGUCCACCUUGUCACCCACCACCAAGCAGAGUAAAGUAUCGCAUGAAUCCAUCAAACAGUUGGUACUUGAAGCAGAGCAUUUAGUACGUGACGAAGCUUUGAAAACACCAACCAAACAAAAGCAUUCCAACAACAAUAGCGCACUGAUACAAAUUUCAACCACCAUCAAGAAACGCGAAGUUAUUAUGCCGGGACCUAUAAAGCAAAGAGUGCAGGAAUGGCUUGAACAUCAGCCUAACGCCAGUCUGCAAUUACAACGCACAACAACAGCAAGUGGUCACGAUUUAUUAAUUGCAACUACAACAUCAGGUUCUCCCACAAUUAGUAUUGCGGUUAGUUCGACACGUACCGACGAUUGCGAGGCUUCUGGCGAAGCCUCUGAAACCGAUUCUAUACCGCAACAAUGCUCAGAUACAUCUGAAGGCUUCACUGAUUCUAUAGCCACUUGCAUGCAGACUAGCACUAAUUCCUACGGCAAUUCUACCGAACGCAUUGGUGGCUCCGCUGAGCCCAUCGUAGGUAAUAGCAAUCAAAGUUUAAACGUUAAGGUUAUAAAACGUCAACAAUCGCGUCGUAAGUCCGAUCGUCCUUGGUCGGUAUCUUGCUUAUCGCAAUUGACUACUACCGAUAAUGGGCAAUUAGUGCGCAGUAAGAAGGCAACCAUUUCGAAUGUUCAAGCCGGUUUAGCCUCACAUUCAAUUAGUGAAUCAGCUUUAGAUUCUUUAUCACCAGGACGUCCCCGUACGUCUUCAUCCGCUACUCAAGUGGGUCAUGUGAAAGUUUACGAUAGCAAAGGCUCCUUGAAACGUCGCAAGACGCGCAAGAAGCGUUUAUCUUAUUCGGGUGGCAAAAAAUCCGAUACGGGCUCCGAGGAUUUUGGACCAGAUUUUCCAAAAUUAGCCCAAACUAUGUCGCCACAGCAAUGGCAAGAGAUUACGCAAACUCUGAAAAGCCUACAGAAAACUGGCUCUAACGAUUCGGUAACGAAAAAUAAUAAUAUCGCGUAUGGAACGGCUAUACCAGCCAGACAAACGUCGAAAUUUUCAUCCAACACCGGGAAUGAAAUUGAAGAAGAGACGAAUUUAAUGAGACCAAACUUCCAAAUCGGUUCCCUGACUAACGCCUAUCAAACGCAUCUGGGCUCGCUGGCUGCUUUAUCUACGUAUAUGAACGAAGAGGAGCAGCAGGGAGAAUACACUACUGGCACCGAAGAUCAUCACAGUAGCUUUUCGGAGACUGCUUGGGACAAUUAUCAAGAGAAAUAUAAUUCGGAAAAUUAUUCGGAAGGUGUAGAUUCGGAUUCUGCAAGGCGUUUAUUGGAAUGUGACGAUUAUCGCAAUUUCAUAGACUCACAGUCUGAUUGUUGCUCUUCAUUGUCGGCUGCAAAUAAUUUAGAUUCACUCUCACCGCCACGUAUGGAUUCGUUGCAGCAGAAUGAGAUGAAAAUCUUAACACAAGACACUAUUGUCAGUAGUGUGGAUCAUGCCAGACGGCGAAGAGCUCUAGAAUUGGAAUGUGAAAGACGUCGUAAAAAUCUAGAAACAAGACGCAAAUCUUGCCAGGAAACGGUAGCGCAGCAGCAGCAAACAUUGAAAAGCCCUUUACUGGUGUUGUCUACUUCCACUCAAACUUUAACUCCAAAAUAUAUCGAACGCGUAACUUAUCAUCAGAAGGUGGAUACGGCGUCACGUAAAUUAGACUUCGGUAUGAGUCAUUCAGCCCAAUCGUUGCGACGCACUUCGGAAAGUGAUACUUCGCAACGCCGACGUAAAGUUGAUGAACGCCGUCGUUCAGCGCGCAAUUUGGAGAAGAAUAUUAAGAUAAAACCGGCCACUUCCUCAUCAUCGGACGACGACACCGAUGAUGAAAAGCAAAUACGCAAUUUAUUGCAACAAAGCCAAGAUCGUUUGGAGGAUACAAGAGCUUUGAAGAUACGCUGUCACCUCUUAAGACCGGAAGAUUACACUGAAAUCAUUAACACUUGCCGCGAUAACAUAUGUUGUCUUGAAUCUGUUCUGCGCACUCUCUCUGGUUCAAUGUUUUUCAACCAAGGUGUUGUUGGUCAACUGAAAGAUCUAUUAGCUGCCUGGGAGGAAUUAUUAGGUUGGAGUGAAAAUGCUGUUACCCCCUGUAAAAUUCAAAAAGAGUUGAGCGAUUUGAAAAAUGCUCUAAAUUGUAUGUGCAACAAAUCAUCAUCUGAGCUAUUAGACACAGAACCAGACCUUCAUAUCGCCAUCGAAAAUUUGGAGAAAGAAGAAGGCCAAUUGCUAGUGUACCGUGGCAAAAUGUUAAAACUAAAUGCCUCUGCACACAGUUGGCUGACAAAGCAAGAGAAACGUUUAAGUAAUGCAUUGGAAGAGCAGCAGCUGAAGGAAGCCGCUGCCAAAGUCAAUAACAAUGAAUUAAUCGAAGAGAAAGAGGAAAUUGAGUCCGAACAACAACUGACGUUACAACAAGAAGUACAACAACAACAACAAAAACAACAAAACAACGACCACAACACUACUCUUACGAUGAUGGUAACUGAUAGCAAUGGCAAUCAAGUGGAAUCGUUUACGGCAGCCACUGCCACCACAAUGUCCGCAAAUACGAUGGCAGCAGCAACGGCAGCACCAGCAUCAUCAAUGACAACAACAAAAACGACAAAUACAAAUGAUAAGUCGUCGAAUUUAAAUAUGUUGAUUAAUUCUGAAAAAGAACUCCAUAAACAUUUGAAGGAUGAAGUCGCUGAGAUGUAUGAGGCCUGGGAUCACGCACAUGCUCGUAUCAGUAAACAAUUGGAAGUAUUGAAAUCGUCAUCGACUGCUUUAAGUCAAUUGGAAUCGGGUCUGUCUGAAUUCAAAAAGGCCUUAGUGCAAGAUCGUAGCACAUUGCAGGGCUUGGAGGGAGCUCUAAAGAAAGGUCAGCCCACUCCUGAUGAUUUGGAAAAUGUGAAAUUGGUAGCAAAACUAUUAUCGGAGAAAGUUAACGUAAGCCAGGAGCAACUGUCUGCUGUUCAGGGUUAUUUGGAUUCUAAUCAGAUUUUGCAUUUCACACGUUUUACCGCUUCGAAUGGUUCGCUAUCUGAUUCGGGUAUUUCCGAUGGCGGUACAACCUCAGAUGGCGGUCUAUCUGAACACGAACGCCAUUUGGGUUUUUUGAGACGUUUGGCCAAGCAAGUGGAAUCUUUGGCGCCGGGCAGCGAGGCCAUGAAAUCGAUUGCAGCCCGCGUGGAAGCGGCCGAAGCUGAAUUGAAAAAUUUCCAGAACACAUGUCGCGCCUUAAUUGUGCGAACGGUGGUUUCCCAACAAAAUAAGCAACAACAACAUGAAAGUAAUAAUGGCAUCAAGUUGAAUGGUAUCAAAUUGACUGAGAAAGUAAGACAAUCAUCGCAGCAUAUUGAUCAAGAAAAGCGAAGAUCGAAUGAUUUGCAUGGCUCUGAUAAUGGCAGACGAAGCAGACGCCGAUUACGUUGCUUGCCAGGAAAUAAUUCACAUAUAAGACAAAAUAACGGUUUACAAACAACGCCCGACGAUGAUGAUCCUUCCGAUGAUCCAAGUUUAACUUACGAAAUCGAUUCUUCCGAUGAUGAUCAAGCACCGAAACGAGGCUGGGCUUGGCGUAUAGCUCGCGUAGCUGUGCCUAUGCAAUUGGCCUUAUUUACCGUGUUCUGCGCUGCUUGCCUAAUGCAACCGAAUUGUUGUGACAACAUUAACAAUUUUUCAAUGAGUUUUACACCGCAACUUCGUUACAUACGCGGUCCCCCACCAAUUUGAAAUAAUAACCGCAACGCGGAAAGAUAUUUGAUGACACAGGGUCAUAUUAUCGUUAUUGUAAGGCUCUCCAGUUUUAAGCUAAAUGAUGUCCAAAAACCCUGCAGUUUAUAUCAAAGAUUUGACAUUUAAGAAGCAGACAAAAAGUUUUGCUAAAGCCUAAAACGGUUAAUGAGAAGGGGAAACGGUUCCACAAAACAUAAAUUAUAUGCAAAAUGUGCGUCGCUUUAAAAGCGGCUUAAAUUAGCCUUAAAUAGCAUUAAAUUGUUUAUAAGCAACAUAGUGAGUGUGGGUGGGUUAGUAGGUGUGGGUAUUAUGAGUGUUAAGAAAACCACAAAAUUAUGUACUUAGGUUUCUCUUUUUUUGCCCCACAAUUUUGUUUAAUGGGCAGAUGAUACGAGUCAAACGAAAGUAUUACAGCAAACGUAAAAUUAAACGCAUUUGACUUUUCAAGCAAAGAAAAGAAAAAAAACGCAAAGGGUAAAGCAAAAGAAGAAACGCUUUUCUUGCAAAACAAAUGAUUAAUAAGAAUGUCUGUUAAACAAAGCGUUGACAACAUCAAUCAUUUCGUUUUAAAGCAUCGCUGCGUUAAAGAUGAUUUCAUCCAAAAAAAAAAAAGAAGCAGAAAACAA